AUGCUUACCAGGCCGUAUCUGAACUACUUUCCAAAAGUUUUAUGUCAUCCAUAUUACGUCACGAUAUGGACGAUACAACUUGUCAGCUGCCUUAAUUUAGUUUGGCUGAAUGUUGAUAAACUAAUAUUUAUUCAAUUUCCUCUUCACUAUUACUCGAUCAUCAACCGAAGGAAAGUGUUCAUCGUCUCGGUAGUCACAUGGAUCGUGCUCGGCUAUAUUGCAUUUGCUGUCAAUGCAUUCAUGACUAUAUCGGGAGGUUGUGAUCGAGUCAUUAUCAAUCCUUACAUUUACAUGCCUAUUUGUGUGCUAUAUGUAGUCAUGAUUCUCACUUCAUUUAUUAUUUCUGCAAUUAUUUACUUUAUCGCUCAUACAUCCACAAGGUCCGAAACACGACAAAGAACGAACUGCUUAACUAUUAUGAGAAUUUUGCCGUUUACUAGGCAAAAAAAGCAAAAAAGUAGAAUUCCAGGUGCACCAUGUCGAUCAGAAAUGGUUCAUCAAAUGACAGACGCUUUCUUCCGUAUACUGGUUGUGGGGAUGGUGAUCAACCCGUUGAUCACCAUUUGGACUCAGCGAAUCUAUCGAAUGCACCUUCUGAAGUUCUUCAAUAAAUGGCAGGAUACCCGAGACGACACGGAAGUCAGCGUAAGACGGCAUUCCACUAAAUUGAAUAUGGUGGAAUCGACGCCGUUAACUACUGCUUUGUGA